ACCAUAGUAACGGGCGCUCCCGGGACUUUAGAGGCCACGCCUCUCAUGUGACGUACAAGUGACGAGCCGUAUGAGAGACGGCAGUUUGAAUCUGAGAGCGCGGUUUCCGAGGUCUUCGAGAUGUCGACGUUGACGGCCUUUGGCAAGCUCCCGACCCUGAACUGUGCUACCAUUUUGUUGGUGGGAACAAAUGAAAUCUUCCAGCAGCAACUUGCAGAGACAAUCCUGGAGGAAACACAAGAUUUAAAAAUAAACAUUCACUUGGCAGACUCUCUCCCUUUACCUCCAGAAAGAGAUCACAUCCGGCCUCGGAUUGACCUGAUUGUUUUUAUGGUUAACGUGCAAAGCAAGCACAGUUACAAUAACAUUGAAGCCUCUCUGGUCCAUGUAGAUGCCAACUUUUUCCUUGGGAAAGUGUGCUUUCUGGCUACAGGUGCUGGUAGGCUAAAUCAAGUCAGUGUGGAAGUGAAUGCUGUUUUGAAGCUGGCAGAUCAUUACUGCAGCCCUGUUUUGUUCUGCGAGUUGGAAUGCAAGAAGAUCAGGAUUGCCACAGCUCAGCGACUGCUCCGGAUGCUACAAAUAUGUGCUGGUCAUAUGUCAGGGGUUUCUGCCCUCUCCUUCAGUUCCUUAAUGAAAAACUCCAUGGAUGACUCCAGCUUCCUGGCAUAGAAACUUUCCCUUCUUAAGUUUUGUGGUCAGUGGUUUGGGGGGGGGGGAGGUGAGGUGAGAGCUUAGCUUUCUACAAAGAUGCAGCAUCACCUUUCAGAAGUGUAUGCUUCAUUUCCAAGAGAAUGAACAAAUGACUCAAAAAAGCUGUGUUCAUUAUUAUAACAAAAAAUGAACAGAAAUGUCAUUUGUUUCCCUAGGAGCUUGGUUUACAGAUUUCAAGGAGGACGGGGGAGUGGCCUUUGCAGUCUCUAAAGCCAGCACUGCCACUCCAUCCAUCCUGCCUUGCCAGCUCCUUUCCUGGUGCUCCCAACUCUGAAAUGCCAGCCACAGCCUGCUGUGCCUUGCUACUUGUCAUCUUGGAGGUGCAACCAUAAUAUCUGUAUUGGUGUCUCCUCUGCUGAAAAUGCUGUUCACUAGAUGGAAAAAAUGAAGUGAAGGCCAGUUCUGUCUUUCCCAUGGAAAGAAGAGUGAGCAUGAUAAAAAUGGACAUGUGUAAUGACUAUAAUAAAAACAAGUUUUUGAAAUUAACACAAAA